ACGCGCUUUUUUACGGCACUCGUUGAAGUGUGUUUUGUGGUGGACCUGGCGCUCUGAGGGUUGUUGCUCUCGAAACGCACCUGUCUGGUCUGUCCCUGUGCUCAACGUGCCCGCAUGUGUUAUCUGUGGCCCCGUUGUUUCACGCGCAGCUGUUUUCAAGUCUUGCUUUUAAGCUUUGGUACGAUACGCUGCUGCAAAAGCCGGCGCCUGCAGAGAGUCGCGUGAUUUCCUACUAUAUCCCCGUGCAUCGCCGACUACUUAGUUUCUCCGCCUACCAAGAAAGAUCGACAAUGGCCAUUACCAGCUUCCGUGUCGCCCUCGUCCAGCUCGCAGUAAAAGCGAGCAAAGCAGAAAAUCUCGCACGUGCCGGAGAUGAAAUCAAGAAAGCUGCAACCAGCGGCGCCAAGCUCGUGUGUCUGCCUGAAUGCUUCGGGUUCCCAUACGGCGCUCAGUACUUCCCCAAGUACGCCGAGUCAAUCCCCGGAGAAACGAGUGAAAUGCUGUCGAGAGCGGCGCAAGAAAACGGCGUCUAUCUCAUCGGCGGUUCCAUGGCCGAAACGGAGAGCGGCAAACUCUACAACACUUGUCUCGUCUACGGUCCCGACGGCAGAAUGCUCGCGAAGCACCGCAAAAUUCACCUCUUCGACAUCGACAUUCCUGGAAAGAUAACGUUCAAGGAGUCCGACAGCUUCACGGCCGGCAACAGCCUGACGACUUUCGACACCCCUUACUGCAGAGUGGGCGUCGGCAUCUGCUACGACCUGCGCUUUGCCCAAAUGGCGCAGCUCUAUGCUAAGCAGGGUUGCAAGCUGCUAUUCUACCCGGGCGCUUUCAACAUGACGACAGGGCCACUUCACUGGGAGUUGCUGCAGCGCGGCAGGGCAGUCGACAAUCAGGUGUACGUGGCCACCGCGUCUCCGGCUAGAGAUCAGAGUGCUUCUUACGUUGCGUGGGGUCACAGCAUGCUCGUUGACCCCUUCGGCAAAGUUGUCGCCUCGGCGGGUGCCGAGGAAGAGCUGGUCAUCGGCGAGGUUGACCUUGAGCAUUUGGAGACCGUCAGAAACCAAAUACCGAUUACGAAGCAGAAAAGGGACGAUCUUUACGAUGUUGUAAGUAAAGGUGACGGUAACCGUGCCAUAUAAGAUCAAUUCAACAUUCUAAGUAGACACUCUUAAUGGACCACGGCUGAGUGCGCAGCGUCUUGUCAGUAUCAAAUAAAUGUCUUUUGCAAGGAAAAAAAAAAAUUUUUGAAACAGAUGGUGCGGUCUGUGCUGGGCCUUUACUGGUGUUAUCGUUGCCUCACCAGUUUCUGUGAUACUUACUAAUAUUAGGUGAAUCAUGUCUGUGACAGUGUAUGAGUGUGUGUAAACUUAAGGGUCACUAUAAGGGAACAAACCUAUUGUUUCAAUUUUCCAACAGUCUCAACCAGCGAACUGGCCAUUAUUAGGGUUUGUAAAGAAGUGUUCUCUCUGACACCAACAUUCAGUGUGACUGGCCAGUUUAUAGAAGAAAAGCAAGAAGUUUAAGAGAUAAAGCAAUGACAGUGACUUGCUAUCUUUAAAUGUCCCAUCAGCUUGUAAUACUUUGUAAGACAAGUAUAACAACAGAAAAAAAAAAUUUUUCUACAGAUGAGUAAAGUUGAGUCGUCAAAGAAAAUGUGCGGUAAGAGAAGAAUGUCGAACUUGUGUUUUUUAUACAAAAGGAGGACAGCACAAGAGAAAAGACAUGGCAGAAAAGUGCAGUGUGAAGGAAAAAGCUAAUUGGCAAUUGUUGCAAGAGAGAAGAAAAUUGCCUGGGCGCAGUGCUAAUGCACACAACUCAGUUGUAUGGGGAGAAAAGGCAAGUUGAAUAGAGGGGACUGGGCUCGUGAGGGAGAAGGGCAAAGGGAGGAUAGGAUCCGAGUGAGCAGUGAGGCAUUACUGUUAUUGUACCCACAGCAUUUGCCAUUCACAAGUUUAUGCGAUGCAUGAAAAAUUAUGACUGAAAACUUGCAUAAGGCUAAUGAGAAGUAUACAUCGCUGAUGAGGAAAAUCAGCACAAGGAAAAGAUGCCACAUACAGGAAGGGAAGAGAAUGAAAAGUAUUAAAAACAUAUUGGUGCCAGGAUAGCACCUUUGAUUUUAUAUCUUUAUACAACAUGUAACAAAUGCUUAGUGAUAAUGCAAUAUCGGACUCUCAUUGCCGUUGUAAUCUCCAGGCUCAGAUUACACCUGUUCUAUGAUGAAUUUCAUUAAUGUACUGCUGCUUGCAGUGAAGCCACAUUUUAUUUCACAGCUGAACCACCACCCACUGCUUGGCCUACUUCAUACUUGGACAACUACUCUACUUCAGCUUCAGUCUGGGCUCACCAUUAUGCCAAACCUGCUUGAAAAAUGACUCACUUAUACAAGCAACAUGUAGGGCCAAGGCAAGUCAGCAAAACAUGCACACUGAGUGCGGCUUAGAAUGGCCACAAAGAACUCACAGCCAGACCUACCCUGCCUGCAAGCAACCAUAAGACUUAAGGCCAAACAUGUGAUGUUGGGAUUGCCAAAUCACAUGCCAGUACGAGUUGCAGAAUUAUGAGGAUUGGAUCUGACCUUUGGGUGGCCAGAGGGACAUGAUGCCACCCUAGAGCCUUUCACGGCUUUUGCCGAGGAAUCCAGGUUCCUACAUCAGUUACGGAUCCUGCUCCUCACAGUGCAUGUUGCCCUUCCAAGUCACUUUCUUCCCUUCCCUUUCCUCAUAUUAAUCCACAGAGCCAAACAAAACAUUUCUGCAAUCAAUGUUUCAAACGAAAGGAACCACAUCCAUCCGUGUCUAACGCCUUUUCCUUAUGUGCGCGCCCGUUGUGUUUCGCUGGUACCCCCUUUUUUCAAGUUCAUCAUGCACCAACUGGCCCAAGAGCUUGCGCUAAUGCACAAAGCGUCUUAUGUUCUGUAUCACUCAUGACUAAACAUUAGUUCCAGAUGAUACAAAUUCAAUUGUAACCUAUACUCCGCUAUGAAAGUCGCAGCAUGCAGUGCCAUCUGUACACUACGAAGCUAUGGAGGCAAUGAAAGGCACUUCAAACUAUGUCUGUGUGCACUUCUCAGCUCCAUGUUGGAGGUAGUACAGAGUUAUCAUGUGCUACUCAUAUGCUUGCUGUAUGUUCUACAAACGACUACAAUCUAUUAUGCAGAAAGGUGUAUGCAGUUCUAACUUUUUCACCUUUUAUUCUUUCUUAAAUAAAUAUGUCAUUGCCACAUUACUUGACAGUAAGGUUCGUGCAAGGUUCUUUUAAUGUACUGGCUUUGAGUGGCUCUGAAGAAGCAUAGCAAUGAUGCUGCAGUUUUUAUUGCUGUACUGUUAUGGCAAGUGUUUAUUGGCUGUUUUUUGUCCAUUUCAAGCAGAGCAGAGAAACGGUUGCAAUGAGUCAAACACCUGUGGCAGAAAAGAGACCUUUUGCCUGCAGCUGUUCUUCUGGCACAGCUAUAAAUUGUUCAUUAUAAAUAGUGCGACCAUCCUUUUCAUACUCUUUCUUCAUUCUAGCAUGCUUUAUUUAUUUUUUUCUUUCUUACCUUAAAGCAUCACUGAUCCUCUGAGACAGGAUAGUUUAUUGUUCCCAACACUAUACUUGGCCUUCGUCAGCCGUUAUAUGUAUACGACAUGUACUGCUUUUUCUGAAUUUAUGUUACUAAGGUGGCUCAGAAUUUCAUUAGAUGUACAGCACUCCGGCAUGAGAUGGACAGAAAUUAUGGCAGCAUCACUCCGCAUUAUUGUUUUGUUGACGUGUAGAGUCAGCUGUAUGAUGUCGCGCACCGUGGUUGUAUACCAUUGACAGUGAAUGCAUAUAUACUGCACACUUUCUUCCAAUAAAGUUGUUGGCACUGGUGGUGUGUCCCUGCUCCUGUC